UCCCCUGACCAAGCUCAUCUACACAGUACUGAUGUUCAUGUAACUGCAAAACCCAUAAUAAAUCCCUCCCAAAUUAGUUUAUCCAUCAGUCCAGUAAACAGCUCAAGAAGACCUGUAUAAUUGUAAACAAUACUUAUUAGUAUAAACAAUCCAUUCACUGCGUCUAACAUAUCUUGCACUGUUUUUGCAAUCUGCAGCUUCAGAAAGUCCAUAUAAAUCAGAUUACAGCAUGGUCAGCACUACAACUAUUAUUGAGAGACAGAGAACAAUAUUAUUUGCUACAGAGAACAAUGUGAAUUUAAUGACUACUUAUAUGUACAGUUAGAAUCAGAUCUUUAGCUAUUUAAGGGUGGUUAGAAAACACAAGUAAAAUGAUAAUUUUAAGAUUACUAAUGGUCUAAAACCACUAUUUUGAUUAUUUAAAGACCCAGAAAACAUCAGAGAUUGCUUUCUAAUUCUAACUGUUUUCUCAAAACCAAUUUUGUGAUUAUAUAAUAUUCAUGUGCAAGGUAUGAAUAAUUUGUCACUGUGCACAUUUCCAAUUCUCCCAUUUUCCCAUGUAAACUAGGCAGGAGAAAGUUGAGCAAAAGGAAACUAAUGAGCAGUAACCGCUUCAUUCUGGCAAGGGGUUGCAGUGAAUCCUGAGCCUAUCCUGGGAACACUUGGCAUGAGGUGGGAAUAUAUCCUGAACGGGACACCAGUCCAUCACAGGUCAGCAUGCACACACCACACACCUCACACCUAUGGAAUUUGGCAGAUGUCCUUAUCCAGACCGACUUAUGUUUAUCUAAUUUAUAAAACGAUAGUGUUCAAGUAACUGUACUCUUUUAUCAAAGAGUUUUAUCAAACUCUUUUAUCAAAACAAAACUAUAUUGCAUCAUAGCAGUUUCUCCACAGUCAGUCCAUUACCUUGUCUCUAUGAUGACUGUGUCUGCACAUUUCAGUCAGUAAAUGCUUUGAAAAUUCACUUAACACGGUUACAUUCUGAGACAGUUGUGCAUGGUGAAAGUCAGGUGGGAUGUGUGUCAUUAAUCUGUCGAGUGUGUGGAUUCAAGCAAUCAUUUAAUGAAAAAACUCUUCUCAGCCAUUUGAGGACACAUUUAAAACAACACGAGAUGGUGGAUUGUCCAUUUAAAAACUGUCACUACCGUACUAAUGUGUAUUCCUCUUUUAAUGCCCACAAAAGUAGGAAUCAUCCAGAUUGUGAAGUCUCAGAUUUUAAGAAUGAGAUUGUUUUGAUAGACGCUGACCACUCAAUGCAGAGUCAGGCUGAAUGUGAUGAGGCUGGUCCCUUUCAGAAGUCUCCUGAGAUUGAUGCUCCUGAGUAUAAUCCACCAGAGUCUGUUUGAUUCUCUCAAUAAAUUAGUGGAAGCUAUGAUGCAAGGUAAUGUCUUUGUCAGUGCUACUAUGGAAGGUGCAGAGCUGUCCACUGCUAAGAGGAGGAAAACAUUUGUGAGGAGUAACUACCCUCUGGUAAUGCCAAUGCAAUAUACUGUAGAUUCCAGUGGACACACAGCAGUGUAUGUUCCAAUACUACAUAUGCUCCAAACAAUGUUUAAAAAUACAGAUCUUCUUGACAAGAUUCAAGAAGUUAAACCAUCUCCACCCGGGAUGUACAUAUCUCAUGAAGAUGGAACAUAUUUUAAAGAAAGUCAGUUACUGUCAGCAGCUGGAGAGCUGAAAUUGUCAGUGAUUUUGUAUGUUGAUGACAUUGAACUAGCUAAUCCUUUAGGAAAAGCUAGAAAAAUCCACAAACUUUGUGCAGUAUAUUGGUUGCUUGCCAAUAUACCCAGUCAGUAUAGGUCCAGCCUACAUGUCAUACAGCUAGCUCUGCUAUGCAAAGUAUCUGACCUUCAAAAGUGUGGUUAUGAAAAUGUUCUGUCACCUUCGUUGAAAGACUUGCACACUCUUGAGCAAGAUGGCAUUUUCAUUGAAACUCUUGGACUGUGUGUCAGGAGAACUGUUUUGUGUGUUGCAGCUGAUAAUAUGGCUGCCCACGGUCUUGCAGACUUUGUGCAGUCUUUUCGAGGACAGUAUGUCUUCAGAUUCUGUUGCUGUACUGCAAACCAGAUACAAUCCACUGAAGUUUCUGAAGGAGAGUUUAGCAUGAGAACAAGAGCCUGUCAUGAUCUUCAUGUGCAGAAAGCUGUGCAAGGAGAAAAUGCAAGUCAUCUUGGUGUUAAAGGUGAAUGUGUUCUCAGGAACGUGCUGCAGCAUUUCCAUCCCAUCACAGGUUUCCCACCUGAUAUACUUCAUGACCUGUUUGUAGGUAUUGUGCCAGUUGAGUUGGCAUUGUGCAGAAGUGAGAUGAUUCGACUUAAGUAUUUCACUCUUCAGUUUCUGAACACAAAAAUACGCACCUUCCCAUAUCAGCACUUCGACAGGCUUGAUAAACCACAACAAAUCCCAAAGAACUUUGCAGCCAAACUAAGUAUUGGUGGGAAUGGGCAUGAAAAUUCAACUUUACUGAGGUUAUUACCACUCAUGUUAGGAAGUAAAGUUCCUGAAAGAGAUGAAGCUUGGGCCAUACUGAUGGAUCUGAAAGAAAUUGUGCAGCUGGUACUGUCUCCAUCUUUCACGGAGGAAUCCAUCCAGUACAUGCAGACUAAAAUAAGUGACCACAGACAGGGCAAUGUUUUCCUUCAAACCUUAUGGUCCAUAGGUGAACCAGAGGCCCAAAACACUUUGUUAGUUCUGGGUAGUGCUCAAUAUAAUGAUGUUUGGGUCGGAGCUUAAAGUCAGGAAACACUGCUGAAUUUUGGAAGUGCUGACAAGACAUUGACAUUGACAAUGUCUUGAAAACUCUCGCUACCAGACAUCAGCACAUGAUGGCGUAUCAUCUCAGUGCUCCAUUAUUUUUCAGACCCCACACACAAGCAUCAAGUGUCACUUCUGUCCAAGUUGCCACUUUGCCAGAAGUGGUUAAAGACUUCAUAAAGACAAAGACAGAUAGCCAAAACAUAUAUACUACCUCAAAGGUCACCAUAAAUGGAACAGACUAUGCAAAUGGAAUGUUUGUUUCUGCAGGCCAGGCAGGAGGACUUCCAAAGUUCAGCAGGAUUGAAAAUAUACUACUUGUGAACAACUCUGCCUCCUUUCUUUGCAGGAACUACGAGUGCUGGUACAGUGAGCACUUAAGGUCCUUUGAGCUGACAUCAUCAAGCAGCUUCUCUGUGCAUCAGCUGUCAGAGCUAAAUGACACAAAAAUGGCAGCUCAAAACUUCCUACUUCAUGUCCAUACCUCCACAGACAUUUUCAGGAAGAUGACUUUGUCUUCACGGCCACCAUCUGUGGAUGAGCUAAAAACAAUGAUCAAAGAAAAGUUUAAGCUAGACUUUGACUUUAGUUUUAUCAUACCAAGAUCCAGAUUUCGAUGGGCAGCUAUGUUCCCUUGUAGAUACUGAGGAGCUUCUACAGAAGGUCUGAGAAGUUAUAAGGUCUGAGAGUGAUGCCAGUUCAGUAGCAUCAGAUGACACCAUCAUAUUGCCCCAUACCAUUACUCCAGACAGGACUGAGAGAUGGCCUGAUGUUUUUCCAGUGCCCACUUUUUUCUUAUGAGGUAGAACUCAUCCUUGGUGAGGGAAAUGUUGGUUAUGAGAGAACAGGGAAAACUCUCAAGUUAUCUAGGGGACAAAAACAUAAUAUCCUCGAAACCCUUGCAGCCAAAAUGCACAGUUUUAAAGCAUACCCCAAUGAUAAGGAGAUUUCAAUGGUAGCAGAAGCACUUGUCACUCAGCAACAGAGCCAGGAUCUCGGACAGGGUAGUAUGGUUGGAAAAACAGUCUGAAGUUUAAGAUGGGGAACUACCGCACCAAGUUAAGUCGGGCUGGAUUUCAUGAGGUGGCGGUAAAUUCUGGUAAGAGGAGUAGAAACAACCCAGACAAACAAGCUCCCCACACUAACAUUAAAAGACCAAAGAGGGCAGAAGUGAAUUUCCUUCCAAAUUUCCCAAGAGGUGAAAAUGCUGUGAGCCUUGAACAAUUGAGACUGCAAAUUGUAGGCGAAGUUCAGAUAAGUGAGAAAAAUCUUCCCAUGAUCACAAAGUUAAUGCAGACCACCUUUGCCCUGCAGCGGAAAGAGGUCAUCAAUGAUGACCUGCCUGUUGGUGACAUUCUUGAAUGCUGGCCUGCCCUUAAACUGGAGUGACAGGUGAAAAUAUUGUCCUUAGUACACCUGUUUGAGUAGAUAAAUGUAAUUCUUUUGUGUCAAUGGUAGCUUGGUCAGGUAUACUCAAAUGUACAUACAGGUUUAAAACUUGGCAUAUGAGUUGUGGUAGUGUAAAGAUGUGCAUUUAUAAGUCUUAGGCCACCAUUAGAUUUGUUUUAUUUUAGCAAUUUAUUUCUCAGUUUUUACAUUAGAACAACUAGAAACACAUAAAAUGGUUAUCUGCUAUCCGCUUUCCUUCCACAAAGACCAUUCCUGAUCAAGGUUCCUGAGACUGUGGAAGCAUCUACUUGGCAGAUGCUGAGCCAGGUCCUUGCUUGACUUCUGUCAGUCUCUCAAAGAAAAAAGUCAGAGAAACAUCUCAUCAGAUUUUGACAGUCUUCCACUCCUAUUUGACCUCUCCAUAUUCGGUCACACUAAAUAUUUGUCACUUUAGCUACAGAAGCUGUUGGCUAAAUUUACACUAAGAAUCAUAAUACCAUAGCCAAAACAACAAAUCUCAUGGUG